CAGGUGUGCCAGAGAGAGAACUACUCCAUUCUAGGCAGCUGGGAACUUCGGGUGACUAUCUUGCAUAUCCAUGCAAUCACAAGACUCAUUGGUCUUUGAGGAUGUGGCCGUGUGCUUUACCCAGGAAGAGUGGGCUUUGCUGGAUUUUUCUCAGAGGAAUCUCUAUAGAGAUGUGAUGAUGGAAACCUUCAGGAACCUGGACUCAGUUUCUCAACAGGAUAACAAUGGAGAAAAGUUUUCCAGUGAACAUACAGUAGUGCGAUUGAUGAAGAAUGACUCCUGGUCAUCCAUGUCAGGAGAAAUCUUUGAAUUCCGUGGCAAUGAAAAUCAGCCCAACAACCAGGGAAGGCAAACGAGAAAAUAUGUGAUAGAGAGCCUCCAUGCAAAUAAGGAAGAGAAAGUAAAGAAAUACAAAAAAGUUAAUCAGUGUGGAAAAACUUUCAGUCGCAUUGCCGAUCUUACUAGGCUUAAAAAAAUUACUGUUGGAGUAAAUCCUUUUGAAUGCAGUGAGUGCGGAAAAGUCUUCAUGGAUCAUUCAUCAUUUAAGCAUCACAUCAGAUUUCACACUGGAUACAGACUCUAUCAUGAGGAAUGUGGAGAAGCCUGCAGUUGUCCCUCUUACCUAAAACCUCGUGUAAGAACACUCACUGGAGAGAAACUUUGUAAAUGUAAGGAUUGUGAGGAACCCUGUAGUUGUUCAUCUUUUUCUAAACAUAAAAGAAGUCACUGUGGAGAGAGGCCUUAUGAAUGUAAGGAAUGUGGAAAAGACUUUAGUUUCUCAGAACUCACUAGUUAUAUAAGAACUCACAGUGGAGAGAGGCCUUAUGAAUGUAAGGAAUGUGGGAAAGCCUUUCGUCAUUCCUCAUCCCUCACUACGCAUAUAAGAACACACAGUGGAGAGAAGCCUUAUGAAUGUAAGGAAUGUCGGAAAGCCUUUAUUUGUUCCUCACACCUCACUACACAUAUAAGAACUCACAGUGGAGUGAAGCCUUAUGAAUGUAAGGAAUGUGGGAAAGCCUUUAGUCAGUCCUCAAGCCUAACUACACAUACAAAAAUUCACAGUGGAGAGAGGCCUUAUGAAUGUAAGGAAUGUCGGAAAGCCUUUAGUCGGUCCUCAAGCCUUACUACACAUAUAAGAACGCACAGUGGAGAGAAGCGUUAUGAAUGUAAGGAAUGUGGGAAAGCCUUUAGUGAUUCCUCAUCCCUUGCUACACAUAUAAGAACUCAUAGUGGAGAAAAACCUUAUGAAUGUGAGCAGUGUGGGAAAGCUUUUAGUCAGUCAUCAAGCCUCACUACUCAUAUAAGAACUCACAGUGGAGAGAGGCCUUAUGAAUGUAAGGAAUGUGGUAAAGCCUUUAUUCAGUCCUCAAACCUCACUAAGCAUAUAAGAACUCACAGUGGAGAGAGGCCUUAUGAAUGCAAGGAAUGUGGGAAAGCCUUUAGUGAUUCCUCAUCACUUACUACACAUAAAAGAACUCAUAGUGGAGAAAGGCCUUAUGAAUGUAAGGAAUGUGGGAAAGCCUUUAGUUGGUCCUCAAACCUUACUAAGCAUACAAGAAUUCACAGUGGAGAGAAGCCUUAGGAAUAAAGGAAUGUGACAAAGUGCUAUUCCUUCUUGCCCCAGGGAAGACAAAAGUUAUGUUGGAGAGAUAGGUUUUGAAUUCAAGGAAUGUGAGAAGGUCUAGCUAUUUUUAAUGCCUCACUAAACAUAUAAGAACUGACAGUGGGGAGAACCCUUAUAUAUGUGAGGAAAAAGGGAAACUCCAGUUCUCAGCACUUGGAAGACGUGAGAAGGUUCACUGGAAAGAAUACAUGUGUAAAUAAUGUUGGAAACCUUUUGGUCAUCCCUCAUUGUUUUGAAAAUCAGAAAAGAAACACGAGAUAGAAACUAGUGUAAAGAAUGUACUAUGGGAAAAUUUUUACUUUUCCCGCUGUAUUUCCUGAGAUGUGAGGUUUUCACACAUAUGGUAAAGCCUUCAAUAAUUACUGAAUGUGAGGUGGUAUUUGAGAAAAAUGUAAGGAACAUGGAAACACCUGUGAAUCUUUUGGAAUUCUAACAAAACGUAAGAUAUUACAUUGUGGGUUGAUUCUAUAAAUGUAAAAAAUGGAAACCUUUGGUGUCCCUUCUCACUUAGGAGCCCUGUGAGACCUGACACACAGACUCUGUGACUGUAAGCAAAGUACUCUUUCAGUUAUAGUACAUUGCUUUAGGGAAGUAUCAAAAUGUCAUUCUGCUUCUGUUAUAUUCGAAAUUUCUAUUACAAAGUCUCUUCAGCUUAUGAGUAUCUUAGAAGUGGGUUUUCUUUUUUAUCACCUGUUUUUGAAGUUUUUAUACUUCACAUUCUAAUGCAGCAUGUUCUCAGCAAAAAUUGGUUUUUAGGCCAUGAAUCAGUAUCCCACACUUGUUUGGGUAUUUUCUCUAGCCUCCUUUUAUGCAAAGCUGUGUUUUCUUAAACAGUGGAUCAUUACUGUGUGUGUAGUGUUGUACUGAACAUUUUUUGCAUUGCUUCUCUUUAUUCUUCCCAACCAUUAUCCCUGGUUUACUGAUAGAAUGUCCCUCAGAAAUGGUGCUGUGAGAAGCAGAAAGGAUUGCUCAUUUUUGGGAUCCACGCAUAUCCACAACCUGAUGUAGCAGCAGUAGAGCUUCUGCACAGCACAGGCUCGGGCUGCAUUUUGAGACAGUGUCUUUUUGGUAAUGCUAUGGUUUCAGGAGAGAGUGCCAGGCCAGGAGGUGAGGUUAUGAUUGUUAGGUGCUCCAUUUGGGUGCAUACCUCCUGUAGGACGUGGAGGUUUAUGCAGAGCCACCACCCCGUGCUGAACUGGCGGUUUCCUCCAUGACUUAUCAUGUAAGUUGUCUAGGAAAUGGUCCUACAUCCAUAAGCAUUUCCUAUUAGGUUUCCCAUUUGCCGAGUAAUUCACCUUUCAGAACCAUCUUAUGGAAUGGGCACCCUAAAGUGAUAGUUGAAAUACUGAAAGGCAGGAAAUGGUGGCAGUGUACAAUGGGGAGUUUUCAAUAAAUGGCUACAUGUCACAAUAUUGAACUGCAAGUAAAUGAAUUUGUCAAAAAAAGUUUUAGUCUACCAUAGGAGAGGCAAUCAUAGCUUACUGUUGUUUGAAAGGCAGGGUAUAAAAUGGUGUGUCCUUGAUGGCAAUUUUAUAAAAAGUGCAGACAGAUCAGUUGUAGGGAAGCCUAGAAAGUUAACAGGGAUUCUCUCCCGAAGAGGAGACUUGAUUGCUUUAGUCAUUUUGCUUCUCCCUAAUUUACAAUUUUUUUAUAGUCACUGCCCAUUACAUAUACAAUUUUUUAAAGUUUAAAAACAGUAAAUUCUCUUGGAAUGCACACUAGUACAAGUUUUGAUGAAUUCAUAUAAUUAGUACCACUAGAAAAGUACAGAAUACCUCUUCUCUCCAAAUGAAUCAUAGUACUGCCCCUUUUUAGUGAAACCUUCCCUUCAUCGUGAAUCCUUGGCAACUGUCCUUAUAGUAGUCAUUCAGUAUGUAGCUUUUAGAGUCUGGCUCCUUUCACUUUGCAUUAUGAAUUUGAGAGUCAUCCACGUUGAAUGUAUUGAUAGUUCCUUUUUAUUGUAUUCUGUUGUAUACACACCUCAUUUUGUAUAUU